UGUGGCUGUGACGGCAGAGGGACGCAAGGCUCACGGCGGGCUCCUCCUUCUCCCCACGCCGGACUGCAGAAACGAAAGCGGAGCCUCCGGCCCAGCGCGCCAAAAUGCCCGGCAGCCCCGAAGCCCCCCGACCAUCCGAAUCCCAAGAAGAUGGCCCUGCUGCCCCCCAGGAGCCGGGGGUCGCACCCGGACCCUCGCAGUGCCCCGCUCCCUCUGGGCUAUUGGGGGAGGGCGACUUCCAGUUCGUGCUGUGCGAGGGCUGCCGGCAGGAAUCGCCCAACCUGAAGCUGCUCACCUGCCUGCACACGCUGUGCCUGGGCUGCCUGAGAGAGAACAAACCUGUAGGGCAGUGCCCCGUGUGCCAGGCACCCAUCCCGCAGCCUGACGGCAUCCCCGACGUGGACAACGUGCUGUUCAGCAGCCUGCAGGCCCGUCUGCGCAUCUACCGGCGGAUCAGCAGCGGGGGGCUGAGCUGCUGCCGAUGUCGGCGGGAGGCGGCGGCCGUGUGGUGCUCAGAGUGCGAGGAGUUCCUGUGCCCGGGCUGCUUUGAGGACCACCAGUGGUUCUUUAAGAAGAGGAGCCACGAAGCCAGGAAGGUGGAAGAGCUGAGAGCCGAGUCGGCGCAUCGCUUCCUGGAGGGCACCAAGAAAUCGUGCAGCCUCUUCUGCUCCAGCCCUGGGCACACCGAGCAGGGCCACGUCACCAGCAUCUUCUGCAGGAAGUGCGAGAAGCCGCUGUGCUGCUCCUGCGCGCUGCUGGACGCCCAGCACUCCCCUUUCUACUGCGACAUCCGCGCCGAGAUCCAGCGGCGGCAGGACGAGCUGGCAGCGCUGGGGCAGGAGCUGGCGCGGCGGCGGGGCGGCUUUGAGGCAUCGCGUGCGGCGCUGCAGGACGAGGCGGCGCGGCUGGAGGCGGCGGGGCUCGGGGUGCGGGAGCUGGUGAGGCAGCGCGUGGAGCAGCUGGUGAGGCUGAUCCGGCACGAGGAGGAGGAGCUGCUGGCCACGGUGGAGAGGAGGCAGGAGAAGAGCCGCAGGGAGCUGGAGAGGGAGCUGCAGCACGUGGAGGCCGUGCUGCGGAGGAUGGAGGCGGGCGAGAGGCUGGUGGAGAAGAUGGGCCUCUAUGCCACGGAGCAGGAGGUGAUGGACAUGCAGCCCUUCGUCAAGGAUGCGCUGGAGGAGCUGCGGAGGCAGCGCCCGGCGGCGGAUGGGGAGCUGGGGCUGCACGAGGACUUUGCCGAGUGCCGUGCCAGGCUGCAGGCGCUGGCUGAGCGCAUCGAGGGGCUGCAAGGUGGCGCUCCCCGGCCGGUCCCCAUGGUGGAGGUGGCUCUGGAGAACAACCUGCAGGAGGAGCCCCCGCAGCACAGCAGCCAGGAUGUUAUGCCCACCUUCACCAUCAGCCUCACCGAGAUGGGGGUGAGCACGGUAAGGGGUGGGAGCUUUUGGGACCCAGAGAGGCCACCCCGUUGCCUGAUGUCCCCUAUGCAGGUGUCCCAAGCCACCACGCGGUCCAAGCGGUGCCAGCCUCACGUGGAGAGGAGCAGCCAGAUCUCACCCAAGCUGCUGAAGCUGGAGUGGGAUGGCGGUGAGCCCAGCUCGAGACAGUGGGAUGGCAGAGGGGAGCCCAGCACCUCCACACAGAGACACAACGGCCGCAUCCCCCCCUCCAAGGCCAGCAGGAGCCACACUCGGGAUGCAGAGGAUGGCAGCAUCAUCAUCAGCUCGGAGGACAGCGAGGAGGACACGGUGAUGAGCGGGACAUCGGACUUCACUGCUUGCUGAGCUGCAACCCCAUCUCCCUCUGCUCUGGAAGGCAACAAACCCCCCCUAGGUUUGCCUGAAGGGCCCACGUGGCAGCAUCCCCAGGUGCAGAAGGACAGCUCUGGGCAUAGGGGACGGCUCAGGUUUGGAUUCUUCUCUGAGACAUUCACACAUUCAAGGAUGUAGGAGCCUGACACUGUCCCCAGUAUCACCUUCCAGCAGAGCUUCAGCAGGAGCAGGAUAUGGAGGUGGAUAUGGAGGCUUUUUAAACUUCUCUUCCUGUUUAAGCUUCAGUCUGUGCUCAGAUAACACAAAUCUCACUGCUGCAGGUAGAGCUGCUCAAACCGUCGAUGGUAGCACUUCCUUCCAUAAGACAUUGAUGCUCGAGCCUUUCCACUGCCCCAUUCCAUUAGAGAUUAUCACAGGGCUCCCUGGGAAGAUUAUUCCCAGCUGGAAAAAAAAAAAAGAAAAGAAAAGAAAAAAGAAAACCAACCCACAAAAUCCACAGUUUUCUUAUGAAACUCUUAUCUGCACGCUCCGGUGCUGCAGCCCAACGGCCAGGCAGAGGGCAGAGGCUGGGAGAUGGGAUCGCUGCUGGGAUGGCCUCAUGCAAAAGUUCUUUUGUACUCAAUAAAGGCGUUUCCAAGUCAAA